GUUCUUUCGUCGACGUUUCGUUGGCUUUAAUGGCGGAAAUUAACGGGGGGAAGCCGCCGGAGGUGUAAGAUUAGGGGUCGGGAAGAUUUGAUUUUUUUUUUUAGUUAGUGUUCGCGUUCUAUAAGAGGGGCGGGCGGGGGUGUUAAUUACUUCAGGGGUCGGGACCGCUGUAGUAAUUCCUGGGGAAUCCCAUCUCUCGUUCUUUCGUCUCCGUUUCGUUGGCUUUAAUGGCGGAAAUCAAGGAGGGGAAUCCACCGGAGGUCUAAGAUUAGGGGUCGGGAAGAGCAAAAGAUUUGAUUUUUUUUUUUUUUUGUUAGUGUUCGCGUUCUUCGGAUUCUUUUUGGGUCGGGGAGAGGCUCGGAGCGAUGUCGUCGUCGUCGGCGGCGGCGACGGUGCGAGUGGAGAAGGCUACGAGCGAUCUUCUCAUGGGGCCGGACUGGACUUUGAACAUGGACAUCUGCGACUCCGUCAACUCCGACCACUGGCAGGCAAAAGAUGUGGUCAAAGCCGUGAAGAAGCGCUUGCAACAUAAAAAUCCGAAGGUUCAAUUUUUAGCUUUGACGCUAUUAGAGACAAUGAUCAAGAAUUGUGGUGACUAUGUGCAUUUUCAAGUUGUUGACCGUGAAAUUCUGCAUGAGAUGGUUAGAAUUGUUAAGAAGAAGACUGAUAUGCAAGUGAGGGACAAAAUUUUGGUAUUACUGGAUUCUUGGCAAGAAGCAUUUGGUGGGGCUGGAGGAAAGUAUCCUCAGUAUUACUGGGCAUAUGCUGACUUAAAGAGAUCUGGAGUACAGUUCCCAGAACGCCCCCCUGAGUCUACUCUAAUAUUUACUCUUGCUCCCGUACAUGCAAUGCCCAUAAUCAGAAAUCCUCCAGUCGGGCAUGGCAUGCCCAACAAUCCUGCUUUAAGACUUGACGAAGCUAUGGCAUCUGAAAUGUCAAAUUUGUGUUUAUCAGAUUUGGCUAGUAUUCAGAGUGUGAUGGAGUUGUUAAGUGAGAUGCUGAAAGCUGUCAAUCCAGAUGAUCGUGCUGCUGUUAAAGAUGAAGUGAUCAUAGAUCUCGUCAACCAGUGUCGCUUCAAUCAAAGGAAGCUGAUGCAAUCCAUAAAUUCAAUCAGAGACGAGGAACUUUUGGCUCAAGGCCUGGAAUUAAAUGAUAACUUGCAAGGUUUACUUGCAAAGCAUGAUGCAAUAGCCUCUGGUUCACCACUACCAGCCGAAGUAUCUGAUUCUGUUCCAAGUCCAGGGACUCCCGUUACACCUCAACCUGCAGCAACAAGUCGGUAUGAUGCUGAAGUGGAAGAUGAUGACGAUGACUUUGCUCAGUUAGCUCGCAGGAACACGAAAAUUAAUCCAGCAGGUGGUGACAGCAAAUCUAUCGCAAUUAGUGAUGAUUUGGACUCGCAAAACCGAGGUGCCAUUGUGCUUUCAACUGUAGCAGCAAGCACAGAUGGAGCAUCAUCCUCUGCAGCAAGUAAUAAGCUUCCUGAUCCUCCAGCCUCUGUUAAAACUGCCACAAAAGAGCAAGAUAUUAUCGACCUUUUAAGUAUCACAUUGCCAUCAAACCCAUCACCACCCCCUACUCCUCCAACACCUCCCAUUGUUUCAGAUCAAUGGGGUUGUUCACCUCCAGUUCAGCCAGUUGAACAAGGUUACUCUCACAGUCCCCAGUCCUAUGCUGUAAACCAAUCUUACAUUCCCCAAAACAGCUUCAUUUCCCCAUGGCUCCAAACUCGGACUCAUUCUCCAUCUCCACAUCGAUCACAACCUCAACCUGAGACGCGCUUGAACUCAUCUGGUUAUCCACCCCCACCAUGGGCUACUGCUCCUGCUGAUACCAAUGCAAAUGCCAAUGCCAAUCCCUUUGCAUCAACUGCUUAUCCUGUACUCGGUGCCGAUGGUUCUGCUGCUACUUACACCUCUAUGCAGCCUUCAAGGCCCGUGCAGCACUAUAAUUCAUUCGGCUCUAGGUUUAAUAAUGUGCCAGCGACCACAGCAGGAACACAGACAAAUGCGAGCGUUGGGCAGAUGGGGCAGCCAGCUGCUCCCAAACCCUAUGUUUAUACAAACAGGUUAUUCGAUGAUCUGCGAGACUUGAGAAAUCCCAAUGCAGGUCUCAAGUCGAGCAAUCUGACUUCUAACCUGUCUGGCACAUCCAACCAAGGCAUGAUAAAUGGAAGAAAAUAAAUAUCCUUUCCUGUACCAUGUCAAUGUAUCAUAAUCAGCCUGGGAAGAUUUUUGCAAGCUAUUUUUAGGUUUGGGAUGGUAGUGUGCAUUUUUAAAUCGUUUUUCUUCUUAUGAUUGAAUUGUAUUGUUAGUGCUGUUCAUGCAGCUAAAUCAUGACAGGCAAAUGAAUGUGUACGAGGGGCUUUGUACUUUUGAUUGUUGAAUAAGUACUCAUGUUAUAUGUCAUUAAAGGUUUACAUUCUGCCA